AUGUUCUUCAUUGCGCACCGAGAGCGUGAGCUCACUAUGCAUCCUUCCUUCUUCGACAGCGGCGCAAGCGAGAAGAUCAAGGAGCAAUUACACAGCGAUCUGGAAGGUACAAUCGAGGGCACUCUCAUGAUCAUCCAGAUCAUCGAGAUCGACGAGGUGAGCGAACCGAUGCUGGUCCCGGGCACAGGCAUGGCAAAAUACACAGUAUCGUACCGAGCGCUAGUAUGGCGGCCGUUCCGAGGAGAGGUAGUGGACGGGCUGGUCACCAGUGUGGUGAGCAACGGCUUCUUUGUGGACGUUGGCGGCAUGAGCGUCUUCGUGGCCAAGGCGAUGAUACCUGCCAACCUGAAGUUCACAGUGGAAGGCUCGACUCCCUCCUUCACUGAUAACUCGGAGCAGAAUAUCGAGAAGGACACCCAAGUACGAGUGCGGAUAAAAGGUAUUCGUGGUGAGAUUGGGCAGAUGUUCGCCAUUGGCAGCAUCAGAGAAGAUUAUCUAGGUCCAUUACUGCAAUGA